ACGACUGCUGUUCAGUACUUUUCCAUUGUUCUCUUUGUCUCAAGCCAAAAAGGAAGUGGAAGGUGCCGAGGAAAAGCAGUUGCAAAAGAAGAAAGUCAAGGAGUUGAAGGUUCUUGAUUCCAAGUCAUCACAAAACCUGUCCAUUUUUCUUGGAUCGUUUCGGCUUCCGUAUGAAGAGAUCAAGAACUGCAUCUUGGAAGUUAAUGAGAAGGUCCUCACAGAAUCCAUGGUCCAGAACCUGAUCAAACAGCUGCCUGCACCCGAGCAGCUGAGCGUCCUGGGAGAGAUGAAAGAUGAAUAUGACGACUUAGCUGAGGCUGAGCAGUUCGGAGUGGUGAUGUCAAGCGUGAAGCGGUUGGGGCCCCGGCUUCAAGCCAUCCUGUUCAAGCUCCAGUUUGAGGAGCAGUUGAACAACAUCAAACCGGACGUGGUGUCGGUGACGGCGGCCUGCGAGGAGCUCAGGAAAAGCGCCUCCUUCUCCAAGCUGCUGCAGAUCAUCCUUCUUGUGGGCAACUACAUGAACGCGGGCUCCCGCAACGGAAAGGCCUUUGGCUUUUCUAUAUCGUACCUGUGCAAGCUCCGCGACACCAAAUCGGCUGACCUGAAGCAGACGCUUCUCCACUUCCUGGCUGACGUGUGCAUGGAGCAGUACCCGGAAGUCAUGAGCUUCACGGACGAGCUCAUCCACGUGGAGAAGGCCAGCAGAGUUUCCGCGGAGACGCUUCAGAAGAACGUAGAGCUGAUGGGUCGGCAGAUCAAGAACCUGGAGAAAGACCUGGAAACCUUCCCUCCUCCACAAAAUGACAAGGACCUGUUUGUGGAGAAGAUGUCCAGUUUUGUCAGCACCGCCCGUGAACAGUGCGAGAAGCUGGACCUGAUGCACAAAAAUAUGGAGAAGCAAUAUAGCGACCUGGGGGACUAUUUUGUCUUUGACCCGAGAAAACUUUCAGUGGAGGAGAUCUUUGGAGACCUCAACACCUUCAUCAACAUGUUCCAGCAAGCAGUGAAGGAUAAUCAGAAGAGGAAGGAGGCAGAGGAAAAGAUCAGAAAGGCCAAAUUGGCCAGGGAGAAGGCCGACAGGGAAAAGGAGGAGAAACUCAAAAGGAACAAGCUCUUGGACAUCAACACAGAGGGUGAUGAAACUGGCAUCAUGGACGGCCUCUUAGAGGCGCUGCAGUCCGGCGCCGCUUUCAGAAGAAAGAGAGGACCGCGACAAGCAGCCAACCACAGAAAGGCCGGUCACGCGGUCACCAACAUCCUGGCCAAAGAACUCAUGCAGGAAGACCAGCAGGCCGCCAAGAAGUCGGACGGCGGCGCGGGAGAUUCCUCGGAGGAGCUGCUGGAAGCGUCGCCUCCCGCCUCCAGUUAGUCUUUUUCUUUUGCUUUGCAACGUGUGGAAGUGUCAACGUGCGCCCAAACAGGUCAGCGCCCGACGUUGACGUCAACUGGACCCCGAGCGCGCUUGUCCCUUGUCCCUUGUUCACGCUUUGGACGUGACGACGUAACCACUUUUGAUAACUCACUGGUCACUUUCUUCGCCGCACUUGUUUCACCGAAGCCGCGCAGGAGGGCGUCACGGGCGAUCCCCGACUUUUCUUUCGGAACGAAAGGGCCCGCGUUUGAUUUUUUGUUCUCAAAAUGAUGUUUGCUUGUUUUGUAAAUGCCAAUGAGUCCAGUUUUGUCACUUCACGCACAGUCCCACAUGGUGCCAGUUUUGUUUAGUUUUUUCUUCUUAAAUUCUAUGAGGGAUGACACACGCACACAGUCACAGAUGAAGAAAAGCGGCACAGUCACGUGACACGAUCCUUCCUUUCAAUUUGUCCGCGGCGUCAUUUGAGAAUAUUCUUCUUGCCCGGCGCGAGCGGCCCCCACAAAAAGCACUUUACAUGCCUGUGUGCUUUUUAUUUGGGGGGGGGGGGGGGGAGUCUAUUUUGAGUUCCUACCUAUUUAUGUGCGCUUUUGGUUUGGUACACGGGUUUUGAAAAAACGAGAUCCCGUCAUAAAUUUGCACUUUUGGUUGUACUUUUUGGGGACGUCACGAGAACUUUUGCCAUUGAAGUCCAACCUGCAAAUGCAACCCAAUCCAUCGAGAUCCCCCCGAAAAAGAGAUCAAAUCAGGUGAUUGACAUCUUCGAUGGGCGCCUCCCCCACCCCCCCCCCCACCCCCACACACACACAUGUGAAAGACACACACACAAACCUGCUGUAAUUGUUGCUCGUGUUCAUCAACUGGAAUGUGGCGAAGGCAUCACUGGAAUGUCCCUUUUGUUUUCCCAAGCGGAGUCUCAUCUUUUGUUGUUGUUGCUUUUUGAGAAUUUCUGUUCAUUUUUACAGGUAAUAAUUUUUUUUUAAUCUUAUCGAAUGCAUGUUCUUUGUUCAUCCUGUUUUGUUUUGUUUUCUUUCAGAGAUUGCUGUUUUUGUAAGAAUGCACAUAAGAUUUCUUUGCUUUGCAGAACAAUUAAAAUGUUUUUAAUUCAA